UCGCUGGCAGUUCCCAGAAGGCCCCGCGCAGGCCAAGAUGGCGGCGCUGCGAGCUGGGCCAGGAGGGUGAGAGCGGUCGGGACCCCCCGUCGCCAUGGAGCCGCGCGCGCUGGGGCGCUGCGUCCUGCUCGCGCUCGGCGCCCUGGCCUGGAGCCUCAGGCUGGCAGAGGCGACGGCGUCGAGUGAGGCCAGGCGCUCAGUGAGCCCGCUGGUGGCCACGCCGUGCUGGCAAGCGGAAGACUUUGUCGUUGUUCAGGAUUGUGCCCCGUGCACGAUCUUCCAAGCAAAGACGAUGCCCGAGUGCAGCACGACUAGCUUCAUCGAGCAAAUUAGCUGUGCCGUGUCCAAGAAGGAGGAGUACAAGAGCUGCCGCUCAGUGGUGACGGAAGCGCACAGCUUCUGGAAGUUUGAGGGGGCCAUGAUCUGCGUUGCUGUGGUCUUUGCCCUGUUGGUCAUGUGCCGCCAGAGGGUGCUGGACAGGAAGGCCCUGGAGAAAGUUCGCAAGCAGAUCGAGUCCAUUUAGUAUCUGUCGACCUCCCAGCAGCCCCGGUGCUGCCCACCUCCUUUGUCCUGUGCGGGGAACUGGGGCGUGGAUGCUAAUCCCCUUUCCCGCUCCAGGGAGCUGCAGGAGGAGGAGACUGGCAUCCGAGACCGAGAUCUGCUGUGUCCUGGCAGAGAGCACCUCUCUGACCGCUUGGGAGCGUGGUUCAGCCAACUCAGAGCCACGCCGAACGCCGCUCUGCUGGGUCUCCAGGCACCGGGGAUUCCCCUCUCCAUCUCACCUGCCAUGCGGAGGGCCAGGGUCCCAUCCCUCCUUAGCUCCUUCUCUCCUGCCGUCAGUGCGCCCUAGCAAUCCCUUUGUGACUGGCAGCUCCUGGUGGGGUAUGGGGCGUGUGCCCAGUGGGGGCUGCCACCUUGCAUCCCUCGGAAUUAAUGCAGCCCCCAGCCCCCCUCCCUACGCAGGUUCUGAGACCGUAAACCCCGAGCCUGGAUGCAGGAGCGGCCCCUGGGCUGGCCAGUGCCCUGCUGUGCUGGCUGUCCAGCCUGGCGCAGUGAGGGAGGGCAGUUGGUUAAUACAGGCCCCAGGCUGGGGCAGCCCACAGGGCGCGGGGGACUUGCUGUCCAGUUACUGCCGGAGCGGAGCGUGACCCUGCCUGGCUGAGGGGCGGCAAGGGACAGCGCAGCCCUCAAGCAAAGGAGGGACGCCAUUGGCAGCGGCUCCUCCGUUCCCUCAGGGCAGCUGGCUUGUCUGCUCAGGGAGUCCGGGCAGCCCUCUCCCUGCCCUGGGUGCAUCCCUCCCAUGACCCCAGAGCAGCAGGCCAGGUCCUGGCACACGCUUCCCUGCUGCUCCAUGCUGAUGCCGUGCUGGUCUCAGGGCACGAGGGUCCAGCCUGUUUGCAUUGAGCUUAGCGGACCAGCCCCGUGGCUCUGCUUUAACGAGGCCCAGGAGGAGGGGAGAUGUUUCCUCUAGCUGGGUAACUGGCACUGCCUGCCCCUGAUGCAGCCGCCUGCAGGGGAUGGGGGAGCUGCUCCCUGCGGCUGGCUGUGGGGGUGCCGGGAUCCCUGUGCUAGGAAACUCCUGGGCUGGCCGCUGUCCUGGCAUGGUGCUGCCCCUCCUGGGAGCCGUGUUGGGCUGAUGCUAUUGCCCCUGCCAGCACAGCGCCUCCUGCAGGCGUGGAGGGAGCUCAGCCAGGUCCUGGCACCAAUGCGCCCUUCCCCCUAGGAACGCCCAGGUUAGCAGCUUCCCUCCUGUGCCCGUCACGCCAGUUCUAGGGCAGCAAGUCACGGCCAAGCCAGCGUCUCUCCCAGCUGGGGGCCUGGCCGUGUCCCAUGGGCAUAGGGCUUUGUUCCAGGGGUACGUCCCAGCGCUGACCUCCCGCCCAGCCUCCUGGGAACCACGGUCUUGUCACACUGCGCCCUGCUGCUGUAGCCCAGGGCCCGUGGUUGGCAGGCUGAGGGGAUGGAGGAGGUGUCUCUGGGGCUGGCAUCAGUCUGAGAUCAGUGGUCCGUGUUCCUGUCCCAUCCUGCUGGAUGCCCCUUGCGGGCAGUGAUCUGAGCCUGCCAGGGAGCCCAUGUCACAGCUGUCACUAAUUACCCCCUUCAGAGAGCAGGGAACCAGGCCCCCUGCAGCUGGGUUCCCUCCAGCGCGGGCUGGGGCCAGCUCCUAAACUCCCUAGACUAGAGUGUCGCCUGCUCCCGGCUGCACCUCGGACACGGCGAGGGGGGUGAAGGCUCCAGCCGUGUUCUGAGUUGCCUGGGCUAACAGGAGGGUGGGGGCAGCCCUGCAGGGGGACAGUGGAUGUUUAGGAACUUGCCAACAGCCUGCUUGUCCCUGCCCCAGCCGGAGCUGGCAGGGCUGGAGUCUGGAGCCAUUUGAACAUCCCCUCCCAUGAGCUGGCCUGUCUCCGGGUGUUACCAGCGGUGCAUGGAAGGGGCAACGGGCCAAACCCUCCCUUGGGUGCCCCGACCGUCGGCAGGGAGGGGAGCGUGUGGGCGCCGCUGGAGCAGGCAGCUGCACAGCUAAUGGGAGCUGGGAGCAGGCUGGUCUCCCGGGGCUGCCCUUGUGCUGAGGGAUGUUCCGUGUCACUGCUCCGGGUGGGCAUGUCCUCCCCCGCGCCCAGCUGCUCCCCUCUCGCUGCAGAGCACCCUCCAGCCUCCCCCAGCAGAGCGCCCUGCAACUGCCCCACUCGCUGGGUGACUGGCCCAGCCCCGCAGAGCUCCUGCUGCUCCCCAAAGGGGAGAGUUAGAGCUCACGGCUCCCUCCCCCGCCCUGGUACUGCAGCCCUCCCGUUCCGGUCCCUUAGUGCUGCCCUGGGGCCGAGCUCUGGGCUCAGUGACUGACCGUUGGUGCCAGGCUCUAGAGCUGGUGCCCUGGGACCCAGUGCUGCCGGGGAUCUCUGGGGCAGACCCUCUCCCAGGCCUGGCGGUCCCCGAGAACAGGCAGCAGGCUGGCUCACGUCCUCUCCUCUGCUCUCCCUCAAAUCUAGUCACGCUGAGGUCGCGGAUCGCUGGGGAGGUGUCACCUGCCCACUAGCAAGAGGCUGCAGGUGGCCGCGCUUGGCUCAGCUCGAACAGUCGGGGUUUAUUUUUUUAAAAGGCUUUUACAGAACCGAACGGAACCAAGAAUGUCAUUAAAAAAAAAACCUUUCAAAGCA